AUGCCCACGCCAGCCGCUGCCCCAGCAAUGACUGCUACCCGGUCCGGCCUGGGGAGACAUGUGGCCAGCUCGGCUUCCCAGGGAGUGAUGCUCAUGCCGGCCGCUGCCCCAGCCAUGACUGCCGCCUGCUCUGAAAAUGGUGGGGGAGGCUCCGGAGCCGCAGGGGAUGGCUCAAAGAGCCGCACGCGGCCGACCCGUGCACUAGAGAAACCAUUUGAAUGUCCUGAUUGUGGAAAAUGUUUCAGGGAUAAUUCCAGCAUGGCGAACCACCAGAGGACUCACACAGGAGAGAAAUUGUAUCAGUGUCCGGACAGUUCGAAAAGUUUCAGUCAAAAUUCUAACCUAGUGAUACACCAGAGGACACACACAGGAGAAAAACCGUAUCAGUGUCCAGAUUGUGGGAAAUGUUUCAGUGAGAUGUCCACCCUGGUGAAACACUGGAGGAUUCACAUAGGAGAGAAAUCCUUUGACUGUCCUGUCUGUGGGAAAAGUUUCAAUCACAAUUCCAACCUGGUGACACCAGAGGACUCACACAGGAGAGAAACUCUUUCAAUAUCCUGAUUGUGGGAAAAGCUUCAGUUACACGGGAGAGAAACUUUUCAAAUGUCCAGUCUGUGGACAUUACUUGACUCAUAAAUCAUCCCUUGUUGCACACAAGGAAACCCACAUAAGGCAAAAGUUGAAGAGUUUAGAAAAGGCUUGAAAUUCAUUUGUGAUCUCCCAUUGAAAAUGUAGGUGAGAAAUUGAUUAUUUGAAUUCUGGUCUGAUUCUUUCUAGUGAAACAUAUCCCAGAAACUUGUAGGUGGAGAGAAAAGAACAUUGGAAAAAGGCUAACUACCAGUUUCUUGUUAUCAGCAGCAGUUGCUGGAUAUUUCCUUUUGCAGAAGUAGUGGAAUUCCUCAAAAAGGCUUCUGGGCGGUAGUUUUGUAAAUUGAUUAUAUAAUUCCCACAUGUGGAGUUUCAGUCUUCUGCCUUGGUUUCCUCCAGAUUUAGAGGCCCAGAAUUCCUCAGCCAGCAUACAAGUAGUCUUCAAGAUACAGCUGUUAUGGCCUGCCAGUUACAGUUGCAUGCUACAAUGGCCGUUAAGUGAGACUGCUUUCUUUAACUACCCUGAUCUCCCUGAUGGCAGCCAUUAAUCGAAUAUGCGAGUCACUAAGGGGAACACUGGCUACCUCAGGGUUGGGGAAAACUCUUGGAGGCCUAGUGCAGGGCCAUGCUUGCCUGCCUCAGGCAUCCCUAGUCCUCCCCGACCUUCUGAGACACUCUGUGUUCUGUUUCCCAUCCUUUGUGUCUCUUUGGCCCUUCCCUCCUCCACAGGGUCUCCCAGUCAUUUCCCUCCCACUCCCCCCAGGGUCACCACAGGCCUCUCCUUCCCCCAGGAUCCACUGACUCGCACCUUCCUCCUCCUUAUCUUUUCUGAUCCUCAUGUUGGGAAAGGAGGGGAGGGCACGCAUCCCUGGGCCUCAUGACUGCAUCCUGGAAGCACCUAUCAUUUUCAGUGGGUCCUGGAUUCAUCUGUGGGCCAUGCGGUGGAUUUGUAGAAGCAGCUACCAUUUUGUCAUACUGUCUCCACUGUCACACAAGAGUGACAAACCUCUGUUUUGCCACCUUAACCUGAGGGGAAAAGUGUACAGUAGAAAAUGUUUCAUUUUUUUUAAUGAAAUGCUUUAUGUUGGAAUUAUUAGUAGCUUUUGACAAGGAAAAAAUAGGUAUUUUCAGUGUUGCUAUGAUCAUUACGGCAAGGCAAGUCACUCGAGAAUUGCCUGAAACUGUGAGAUAGGCAGUGAUUAAGUUUAAUAAUAAAUGAAUUUAAUAAUAAAUAUUAAGUCAUUUCCCAACUCUUGCUCAGGAAUGAGGAUUCCACAUAUACAGUGGGUUUCUAACACACUACAAUUGUUAACUAGUAAUCAGUCUCUUGUGCAUUCUGCACCUCUGUAAAUAACUUGUAACUAAUACUCAGCUUU